CUCAAAUGGCCCCGUAGGGCAACAAGGAUGGUUAGUUUUGACCGUACUUAUUUGUGCCAUUAAAAAAAUCGAUCCUAAUUGGCAGUUAUUUGGGCUUAAAUAUCUGCCUAGACCUUUUUUAAAAAAUUGUGGUCCCUAAAUGAAGAGCUUCUGACCUGUGAAGUCCCAUCCAUUCCCUCAAUUGGAUGGGGAGCGGGAACAGUAUCUCCGGCGAUCUCAAAAAAUAAGAGGGAAUGUUGACCAGGGAGCACAGCUGCGGUCGAUCAGAGGAGCAGGAACUCGAGCCGGGGCUGAGUCCGAAAAAAGCAGGAUCCGGACGGUGGCUCCGAAACGGUUCGAAGUGGAAGAUGGAGGAGCCAGAAGACCCGGCGUACGGUGGGCAUUCGUUGCCCCCAGUUUACAUCUAUAGUCCUGAGUAUGUCAGCAUGUGCGACUCCCUGGCCAAGGUCCCCAAACGGGCCAGUAUGGUACAUUCUUUGAUUGAAGCAUAUGCACUGCAUAAGCAAAUGAGGAUAGUGAAGCCCAAAGUGGCCUCCAUGGAGGAGAUGGCCACCUUCCAUACUGAUGCCUAUCUGCAGCACCUUCAGAAGGUGAGCCAGGAAGGUGAUGAUGAUCAUCCAGACUCCAUAGAAUAUGGGCUAGGCUAUGACUGCCCAGCUACUGAAGGGAUAUUUGACUAUGCUGCCGCUGUAGGAGGUGCUACAAUCACAGCUGCCCAGUGCUUGAUCGACGGGAUGUGCAAAGUAGCAAUUAACUGGUCUGGAGGGUGGCAUCAUGCAAAGAAAGAUGAAGCAUCUGGGUUUUGUUAUCUCAAUGAUGCUGUCCUGGGAAUAUUACGAUUGCGACGGAAAUUUGACCGUAUUCUGUAUGUGGAUUUGGAUCUGCACCAUGGAGAUGGUGUAGAAGAUGCCUUCAGUUUCACCUCCAAAGUCAUGACUGUGUCCCUGCACAAAUUCUCCCCAGGAUUUUUCCCAGGAACAGGUGACGUGUCUGACAUUGGUCUAGGGAAAGGACGGUACUACAGUGUAAAUGUGCCCAUUCAGGAUGGCAUACAGGAUGAGAGGUACUACCACAUCUGUGAAAGUGUGCUAAAGGAAGUAUACCAAGCCUUUAAUCCAAAAGCAGUGGUUUUACAGCUGGGAGCUGAUACAAUAGCCGGAGAUCCCAUGUGUUCCUUUAACAUGACUCCAGUGGGGAUUGGCAAGUGUCUGAAAUAUGUCCUUCAGUGGCAAUUGGCAACACUCAUUUUAGGAGGAGGAGGCUAUAACCUUGCCAACACGGCUCGUUGCUGGACAUACUUGACCGGGGUCAUCCUAGGGAAAACACUAUCCUCUGAGAUCCCAGAUCAUGAGAUGAGAAAACUGAAGCACAGAAGUGUGAGUGACUUGCCCCAAAUCACAGAGUUUUUCACAGCAUAUGGUCCUGAUUAUGUGCUGGAAAUCACGCCAAGCUGCCGGCCAGAUCGCAACGAGCCCCACAGAAUCCAACAAAUCCUCAACUACAUCAAAGUUCUUUUCUUUCAGCACGUGAAAAAUAUUGUACCACUUCUCUCUAGCCUUCUGGUCUCCAUGGUUAUUGAUGAAAACGUCACUGUCAUUUGAACUCUCAAUUGAUCAAUUACCUUAUAGUACUUGAAUCUGUCUCGCUUCCUGAAGAAGAUGAUGACGGAAACACAUGAUCAUCUGAAGAAGAAGAUGUCCCUGAUCUAUGUCGGGAUCGGUGGUGUUUUGGGUUUUGCUUUUUUUCUUUCUUUUGUUUGUUUUUACCUUUAUAACGGGUAGGCCUAGUAUCUUCAGGACUUUUUUGUGUGGACUUGUCAUCCAUGUGUAUAGAACCUGCCUGCCAUGUUGGAAGCCGCAGGAAAACAACUGUUCUGGCCUGGCCUCACAGCCCAGGGUACUGAGCCCCGCGAGAGGUGGGCGCCGCGAAGCCCAACGUCCAGCCAUGCAGCGGGGCUCGGAGCUGCGUGACUGAAGUAUUCUUAUGAUGGCCUCUUUAAGUGCCUUCUCAGAUACUUCCAACAUCUGUGUCAUCUUUAUGUUGUCAUUUGUUUUUUUUCCCCUCAUUCAAAUUGAGAGUUUCUUGUUCUUGGUAUGAUGAGUGAUUUUCUAUUGUAUUCUGAACAUUUAGGUAUGAUAUUAUGAAACUCUAGAUCUUAUUUAAAUCUUCUGUUUUAGCAGGCUCCCUCUGAUACCACGAUGGCAGAGGAGGGUACCACUACCCCAUUACCUCAAAGUAGGGGUAAAAGUCUGAGUUUCCACUUUUAAAGAUUUCUGAAAUUUUAGCAGAUUGCCAGGUGGGGCAGAAAAAUGACAAACUGUUCUUUCAUUUCUAAAAGUUUAUUUUACGUUUAUGUGUAUUUCAAUAAUGUUUGUGUUAAUGAUGGGCAUUUCAAGUGUCCCUCAGAAUAAUAAAACAUAUACCAUAACUCAAAAUAUGUCCAGCAACAAAAAAUGCACAUUCUGAAUCAUCACUCAAAGAUAAAUAUUGAAGUACCACUAAAAUGGUUAAGUCUAAGUUCCUAAAAAUAUUAAAGAUAAAAAAUCUAGAUUCCCUAUUCAGCCAUCUUUGACAUCCUUGGAGGGGGAAAGGGCCAUGCUUUAUUCCUGUUGAGAAGCAGCAUAAAUUCAGGCUCCCCACUAGAUUUCCACUAAUACUUUCUUGGCCAAGAAUGGGAGUAGCACCUUUUUACUGCUCCCAUGUGGCCUCUACUGACUCAGAAGAUGGGGGGGAUCACCUUGUUAUCAAGCAAGGAUGGAAAGUGCUGGCUUUCCACUCUGCCUUCUCUGACACCACCCAUGUAAGAUGGAAGGGGAACCUGGUUACUGCUAGGAUAAUUUUCUAUUUUAAUUUUUCAUUCAUUCAACAAAUAUCUAUUUGAUGUUAAUCUGUGUCAGGAACUAUUCUAGGCACUGGUGAUACAGAAUUAAAUAUGACAGAUAAAGGCCUUGCCCAUCAUAGAGUUUGUGUUCUAGUGUGACAGGUAACAAUAAACAAAUAUUUAGUUUGAUUACUAAUUAAAUUGAGGGUAUUAUUUUAAAUAAGGUUGUCAAUAAAGGCCUCACUGAGGGGGUGUCAUUUGGGAAUAGAGCUUAAUAAAGUGAAUGAAGGAGUUUUUCAAAAAUUGAAGUGAAGAACAUUCUAGAUGAAAGGAACAAGAUAAAAUAACACAAGGCAGAAAUUUAGUGUAUUUAAUGCAUGUGUCUUAAUAGAUAUUAGAAAGAAAUAUAACUAGCACAUCAAACCAUUUGAUUUCAUUUGAUAUUAUUGCUUAAAAAGAAGCUAAGUUUCUUUUUGUUUCAAAAAAGGAUUAUCCAAAAAAGGUUUCCAGGAACUGGAAAUACAGGUCAGUGGCACAGCCCUUACCUAGCAUAUACAAGGCCCUGGAUUUGAUACCCGACACUUCCCCCCCAAAAAAAGUUUCCACAUAAUUACUAUAUGAAUGUGGUAAGUCUCUCGACAGUAUUAAGGCUUAGGAAACAAAUCUAUCUCUGAAGUGUAUAAUAUUAUUAGUCCCAUUUAAUAGAUGAGGGAACUUUAGCUUAAGGAAGUUAAUUACCUUGUGCAGGGUCACACAGCAGAUAAGUGAGGGAACUGGGAUUCCCCACGAGAAGCUGAGGAUCAUGCUCAAAGCUUAGAAGCGGAAAUGAAUUUUCCUUCUGCCUGGUGGAACUGCUGAUUGUUGCAUACAACAAACCAAGAAAUGUGGAAGAGCAGUUGGGGGCUUCUAAUGUAAAGCAUUUUUGUUUGUUUGUUUGUUUGCCCAGAGUACAUGCCUAAAGCAACUGUAUUACUCAUUCUCCUCCAGCUUUUAGUACUGAAAUGAUCAAGGGGCAAAAGGAAGGUUGGAAAUUAUUAGAGAAAAUAAAGUACACCACUCAGGGUUCUAUAAUGUCUAACUGUUGACAACUUUCUCAUCUACCUGGAGGCCCUUUAACCAACUGAGAUUCAGGUACUGUCUUGAGUACAAUCUCCAAAUCCAGAAGUGCUAAGGGUUGUUUGAUGCCAGAGUAACCAAGCCCAGCUCCCUUGCUUCA